GUGUGACUGCGGGUAAAUCGCUUGUCCUCGCUAAACUUCAGGUCCCUCAUUUGUAAAAUUAGUGGAUUGCAACCUCCCAGUUCUAAUAUUCCACACUUCUCCCGUGUUCCUCUUCCCAAAAGGGUCCUCACAAUGAUUUAAUGUUUUGUUUUGUUUUCUAUUUUCCUUGCAGUCUGCUUGUCUUGCCUGGUUUCAAGCCUUAAAGAUUCCGUGGAAAUAACCCCAUAGCCUUGCCCUGGGCCAAAUUAAUUUGCCCUGAAGUGUGAUGGACAGAACUUUCUCCCACUUCCUCAAGCCAGGAUCCAAUAUGGUAUUUUUCUCCAGCAAGGUCACAAACAACCAAGUUCUUUUAAGAAACUUGGGGGUCUUCCAGAGAGUCCUAAGAAAGCAUCGCACCAUCGUGUCACAUGAUAAUAUUUGCCAAGAGAUAUCUGUCACCAUGUGGAGCUUGGAAGAAUCCUUAUGUGAUACAUUCAUGAUCCUACAAAGAGGGAACCAACAGUUAUAAUGUCCCAGAAGGCCUUGCCCCCAUAGCAGCAAGAAGGGAACCUCAUAGAUGUCUGUCAGUGGCUCAUACAGACUACACUUUCAUAUCCAUGAAUACUGAAUGCUAAUCCAAGGCAAAUGUCCACAUAAUUCUAUGAAAAGCGCCCAAAUCAUGUACAGGGGCUCAAGCAGAGGUAAUGAAAGGAAAACAUUAUUCUAUGCCUUUAGAUUUCCCAGCCCAUCCAUUAUCUGUCACUGAAAAAGCUCUGCAGUUGGCAGUGGACUUACUUAUUGACCAGAGAGAGUCUCUGGAGAGAAACAUGAGUAGUAACAAUUCAUGUACCCUAGCAGAUAUAGCCAACACAGAUUUUCGGUACUUUAUUUAUGCGGUCACGUACACAGUCAUCCUGGUGCCUGGUCUCAUAGGAAACAUACUAGCUCUGUGGGUUUUCUAUGGCUACAUGAAAGAAACCAAGCGGGCUGUGAUCUUCAUGAUCAACUUGGCCAUCGCAGACUUAUUACAAGUACUCUCCUUGCCUUUGAGGAUCUUUUACUACCUGAAUCACAACUGGCCUUUUGGGGAAGGCCUCUGUAUGUUUUGCUUCUACCUGAAGUAUGUGAACAUGUACGCCAGCAUUUACUUCUUGGUGUGCAUUAGCGUGCGGCGGUUCUGGUUCCUCAUGUACCCCUUCCGCUUCACAGACUGCAAAAGGAAAUGUGACCUGUACAUCAGUGUAGCAGGCUGGCUCAGUAUCUGCCUUGCCUGCCUCCUUUUCCCCUUUCUCCGGAUCAACCACGAGAAGGCUAGCAACCGCACCAAGUGCUUUGUGGAUCUCCCCACCAGGAAUGUGAACUUGGCACAGUCCAUUGUCAUGGUAACAGUGGGGGAGCUGGUGGGCUUCAUCACGCCUCUCAUCAUUGUUCUCUACUGUUCCUGGAAGACUGUGUUAUCACUAAAGGAGAAGUACCCAGUGUCCCAGGACCUCGGGGAGAAGAAGAAGGCUCUUAAAAUGAUCUUAACCUGUGCAGCGGUCUUCUUGAUUUGCUUUGCACCUUAUCAUUUUAGCUUUCCUUUAGAUUUCCUGGUCAAAGCCAACAAAAUCCAGAGCUGCAGGGCUCGCAAGGUGAUUCUGAUAUUCCACUCGGUGGCCCUGUGCCUGGCGAGCCUGAAUUCCUGCCUAGACCCAGUCAUCUACUACUUCACCACCAAUGAGUUUAGGAGGCGGCUGUCCAGACAAGAUUUGCAAGACAGCAUUCAACUCCAUAACAAAAAUUACACGAGCAGCCAUGUCUCAGCGGCAGGGUCGGGACUCUGUUGAAAUCUGAAUGCUUGCGCUGAUUGAAAGCUCAGAGAUUGACAACUUAACAUCCCAACCAGGGAAACAAAUGACAGCAUCCGCACGUGUGUGUCUUCUCUGGUUAUGUCCUAGCCCAUCCAUGGGGAUCUAUGUACAUCCGAGUCUUGGUUCCCAGGCAGGGCAUCACCAGAGUCGGCUUGGUAACCACUCAUCCCAUUGUCCAUCAAAAUCUCUGCAACCGUUGCACUGACGAUAACCAUUGUUCGAUGGCUUGCCAUUCAUAUCGGCACUGAAGAGGCAGCAGAGGGUGGCUGUGCCACGAACAGAAUGAUUUUUUUUUUAAUGGCAGAAUUGUUUUUUUUUUAAUUUAAUUUGGCCACAUCGGCCCAUGAAGCCGUUUGUGUCCAAGUGUAGUACAGUCAUCUGGUUAUUCUGCCAAACGCAGGGUUACAGUAUAAUCUUGGAUUUGUGGGGAAAACUGGCUGAGUACUGGCCUUGGAGACAGAAGAGCCAAGUUCAAAUCCUGACUCCGAUACUUUGUGACACUGGGCAAGUAAUUUGCCUUCUCAAAAUCCCGGGCUAUUUUCUGAGAAUAAUCUACUAAGUUACAGACAGAUUUCAAGCUUUUUUGAUCAAAAUCACAGAUGCUCAACAAUACACAUAUUUGUGCUAUAGCCUAGAAAUGAAUUCUAACCUUUUGUUUUAUCAUUAACUCAUUUGUCAACUCAUCCAAAUUUGGGAGCUUGGAGAUCUUUGUUUUGCCCCUAUAACCAUUUGCUCCUAACCAGUGACCUGCUAAGUCAGAAGCUUCACAUCGCUACUUUAGGAAUCUGAAUCCUGGCCAUUGUUUGGAAUUCCUAAUACAGGAGGAAUGACUGAUCCCACUGGAACAGCCAGCCUCAGCCAUGCCCAUUGGAGAACUGCGUUCCUCAUCUGUACCCCUAGCUAUUGAAAAAGACAAAACGAUCCCAUCCCCACCUCCUACUUCACGGGAAAAGUACAGAAGAUCUCUCUGGGAAGCCUGGAACCUCUUAUAAGAUCUUAAUGAAGAAGAUGACAACGAUGAGAUCAUGACUCCCAUUUCUAUAGCUUGAGAGUAAAACAUUGUACCUACAACUGUGAGAUAGGGGGUAUGUGAGAAGCAAACACAAUCUGAGAACACAAGAGGCAGUGUGGGGAAAGGGCAGAGCUACACCCAUGUUUGAUUCCCACUGUUAACAUUUCCCCAGGUGUGACCCUGCAUGUACCUUGGAGUCCUUCUCUGAGGCAGAUCCGUCUCUUGAGUUUCAGUUUCCUCAUCUGUUAAAUGGGGAUAAUACACUUAUAGGACCAACCUCAUAGAGUUGCUAUGAGGCUCAAAUGAGAUGCAUAGGAGGUGCAUCCUUUGCAGCCUUAAAGUCUGUCUAUGUGUGAGCUAUCACUACCUGAUAUGCUACUUUUCAUGCCUUUUUUUUAAAAAAAGAAAUGUAUUUAUGACAUGGGGAAAAUUACUUCUUAAACUAGGGAAGAACUGGGUUCCAAACCUGUCUUUGACCCAUCCUGGCUGUGAGACUUUGGGCAACUCAUUUAACCUCUCACUGGCCUGUAUCUGAGUUCACCAUCUGUGUCAAUGGAGGACAAUUACACAUGAAGAUAUCUCUAUACUAAUGAAAUAACAAGUCUGGACACACACACACACACACACACACACACACACAUAUGGUAUGUAUGCUCAUCAUCUAGAAGACUAUGUAAAGUACCCCAAGGGCUAGCUUUUAUUGGCAGCACAGGGGCUUAUUUGAGAUGUAAGAAUCUGAAGUUAAGAAGUAUCUUUGAAAAAUAAAGUGAAAUAGAAAGGAAUUCAAGCAUGAGACAUGAGAGCUUUUUUUAAAGAACAAAGUUUUAAGGAUAACUUUUGUGUUUAUAUCACAUUCAUUACCACCCCUACCAAUCAAACCUCCCCAUGUACCUAAGAUAUAUUUGUAAAACAGUUUAGCAAAACCAACAGAUAUAUUGAUAUCUGACACCUUCAACAGGAUUCUACCUAGAUAGUCUUCCACUUCUAAAUGAAAGGAGGGAAGGGCAUCUGCUCAUCCCUUUUCUGGGACCAAAUUUUAUCAUUUUAUUUAUAUAACAUUCAGUUUUAUUGUAUUUUCUCCAUUUCCAUCAUUGUAGUCACUGAGUAUGCUGUUUGCUUGGGGUUUCUUACUUUGCUCUGCAUCGAUUCAUAUUAGUCUUUUGAUGCUUCUUUGAAUUCCUCAUCUUUGUUGUUUUUUUAUAGUACAGUGAUAUUCCAUAACAUUUGUGUACCAUAAUUUGUGGUAUAGAAAGCAUUAUGUUUGGCACUGGGGAAGAGCCAAGUUUAACUAACAUACAGACACUGCCUUCAUUUGGCUCCAAAGUAGUCUUUUGGGGACAUAAGCCCUAAAUACAGAUAAUGCUAAUACAUAAAAUUACAUAGUAAGUAAAUGGGAACGGUGCAAAGUACAGUGUGAAGGCCUGAGGGAGAAAUUAGUUACUAAAGGAUAGGCCUGGGGGUAGCACCAGAAUGGGAAAUGGAAGAGCUGGCCAUUGAAUUGCACUUUAAGUAGAGCAAUCCACGUGAGAAGGAAGAUAUGGCUAUAGCUGUCCCCUUCUCUUUGAAUCUUCUUCCUUGUGGGAUUUUGAAACCACAGAAUGUUUAGAGCUAGUAGGUUACUUUGAAGUCAUUCAGUCCAACCUUAUUUUACAGAUGGGGAAACUGAAGGUCCAGACAGAGAUGGCAAAUGAUCACAUCAGCAGGUGACAGAGCCAGUAGCUACCCAGGACUCCUGAUUCCCAUUUAUUCUUCCCACAACUGAUAAUAUUCCCCUAAAUACUAGUCGUCUAAUGCUUCUUCCUUAGCAUGGCUCUUGAGGCCUUCUACAACCUGGCCCAAUUUAUUCUUAAAGAAAUGGACUGGUCUGGAGUUGGGAGAGCCUUUGACUUCUGCCUGGGAUACUUACUAGCUGUGUGACUGGGCAAGUUCCUCUCUCUGAAUAACAACCACAACAGUAACGCUUUCCUCCCAAGGUUGUUGUGAGGAUAAAGGAGGUUAUAAAGUGCUUUGCAAACUAUAAAGCACUAAUGCGAUACUAAGUUUUAUUAUUAUUAUCAUUAUUAUUAUUAACCUCAGUCUCCUCAUCUGCAAAAUUGGAAUAAUAAUGAUAAUGAUAUAUACUUUAACAUAUUUAACAUGUAUUGGUCUACUUGCCAUCUGGGGGAAGGGGUGGGGGGAAGGAGGGGGAAAAUUGGAACAAAAGGAUUUGCAACUGUCAAUGCUGAAAAAUUACCCAUGCGUAUAUCUUGUAAAUAAAAAGCUAUAAUAAAAAAAUAAUGAUAAUGAUAGCAGAUAACUCUCAGGGUGUUGUGAGGAUCAAGUGAGAAUAAUGUGUUGGAAAUAGUCUCUAAUCCUUAAGAUGCUUUAUGCCUACCAGCUGUUGUUAUUUCUGCUCUCAUUCUCCAAUUCAUUUGGAGUUCUCUUUCUUUGGCCCGCUAGCAGCUUCUUGAGGUUGGAGCCGUCUAAGUAGACUUCUUCAUCUAUAGUAAUGAUCUCCAGUUUAGGAAGAAAGACCUUUUUGUCACAGUCACUGCUUGACUUUUGCUUCCUGAGCCCCAAAUCCAGAUCCAAACGUGGGAGACUUUGACAGUGGAAAGUCACGUCAACAGAUUGUACAUGUCGGGGUCAAUGAGCCAAUACAUUUUGCUUACCAUGAGUCUCUAGAGUGGAACCUCCUGUCUCAAGAACCAAGGAAACCUGGCCUAAGUGAGGUUUCGGGGAACCUGGGGAUGAGUAAAUUUCCAGGUCACAGUUUUGAUUCUUAGAAGCCCGUGUAGCCUUGUGGCAAAAGUAUGAGAUUUGGAAUGAGGACUUGGAUUGCAAUUUCACUGCCUGAGUGACCUUGCCCGAGUGACUUAAGAUCUCUGGAACCCAGUCUCCUCCUCUAUAUAAUAAAAGAGAUGACCUCUGAAAUCGCAUACAGCUCUAAAUCCUAUAGCUUUUUCCCCAAUAAAGUACUGUGAAAAUGUAUUUUAGCAUAAUUUACUGCUAUAAUUUAUAAAGUGCAUUUUUGUCUCAAA